AUGCCUCUCAUAAAAGAUCUCCUUCAUUCCACUCUGGAGGAGGAGAAGAGGAAGCACAAGAAUUGCCUGAUGCAGAGCCCCAUUUUCUACUUCAAGGAUGUGCAAUGCCCAGGUUGCUAUAAAGUCACCAUGACCUUUAGCCAUGUGCAAAUGGUAGUUCUGUGUGUUGGUUGCUCCACUGUCCACUACCAGUCUACAGAAGGAAAAGCAAGGCUCACAGAAGGAUAUUCCUUCAGAAGGAAGCAGCACUAA